CUUUGCCUUGGAUUGGACUGUAUGUUGUCACACAAGCAUUAAAACAUGAGAGUUUUAUGAGAAGCAGCAUCAUUUUCUUGAAUUGUCCAUUGAGUUUCCACAGCACACUCAGCAUGGACACAGCAAUACUUAUCGAACAGGAUAUGGAACCACUACAACAUGCGAGUCCAAAUCCUCUCAAAUGCCCUCCUCACCUCUCACAACCUCUGCACCUGCUCUCUCCCGAGAGAGUCAAUCAACAACGACUACCACCGCAGUCGCCUCCGAUGGGAGGUGGUCUCCUCAACGAAAACGACCGACCAUGCACUCGAGACUCUUUCACGUCCGAAGUUCAAUCCAAAGUCGCCUUCCUGAACAGUCUCGCCAAUGGCACCGGAAGCGCUCAGUCGUCGCCCACGAGGACCCCAAGAGGGAAUGGGAACAGCAACACCGCUCUUCAACAGGCCGUCAUGGGGUACGAAGAGGCCCAGGCCAGUCUGGCCACGGUGACCGCAGAUCUGGAACGGGUGCGUGAGGAGCUUAUCUCGAGGAAGAAGCGAGAACGGAUGCUUGCGCAACGGGUGGAAGACCUGUUGGGGGAAAUUCAAGCCGAGAGGGAGAAAAGAAGCCGUGACCAGGAGAGCUACGCGAGAGAGGUGAAAAGAUGUCGUAAAGAGGCCUAUCGGGCUGAAUUGGCUGUCGUCGAGGUGCGGCAAGACCUGCAAGAGGCGAGAGGUGAGUUGAAGAGAAGCCAGGCCGAAGUGCAACAUGAGAAGGCGGAAAAGGAAAAGAGCAGACAGGAAAGUUUCGAGAGAGCAUAUGCUCUGGCUGGGAUGGUGGGCGAAGUUGAUCAAUUAAAGGACCGUCUGAGGGCGGUCGAGAGGGAGAGGGACGCUGCUCUUCUACAGGCCAAGACGAACGAUGUUGAAGUGUUUGUCUUGCCACCACAACAUGAAAAGGCUGAAACAGUCUCGCAACAACCACAGAAGGAGCAACCCGAACCAAGAAAUCAAACGGAACAAUCUGAAAAGGCAGCGCCAGUGUCGCUGAAGAGACCAAUGGACGCUGCAGGAGAGCCAGCACGUGUCCCUGGAUUAAAGGCUUCACGGGACAUGCUCAAAUUCUUUGUUGACGUUCACGACAAACGUAUGCAGGGAGAGAAACUCACACCAGAAGAAGAGAUCAGGUUCCUCAAGCAAGAAUUGAGAUGCGCUCGACAGAAACACGCCGAGGAUGCUGAUAUGAUCCACUUUAUGCACAUGCAGUGUCAGUUCAAGGCUUGUCCAUGCCGGUUGGCUGAGGAGAAGGGUGAACGUUUCGUGCAUGAUUACGCCUACGACACGACUCUCGAAAUUGUUCAAGCACCAAAGAAAAGAAAGUUGUCUGAUGAACACGAAGAGAUGAAACCUGCCCAGAGCACUGCCGACGAAACUGCAGAGAAUGUCCACCAGGCCCCCAAUGUGCCAUCUCAGGAGGUUCCUGAAUUUCUACCCGAGACAACAAGUACAGAAGCCGGUAGGCUGCCCCCUGAUCCGACCAAUGAACACCUUUCAAGAAUCUCAGAAGAGCCAUCGUGUAAUCUUCUUGAUGAAGCAGCUGAAGUGCCUCUUCCUGAGCCUCACCCCAUGGAACUCGACUCUCGGGAUUGCACUCCAGAAUUGACCGCUCAACUCGAAGACAUCACGCAGGUCAUAGUAGAGCCUGGCACCACUUCAAAACCAUUCUGUUUCUCAACUUCGACCACGAGCAACCCGGCAUUGAAGAUUGCGACUCCAUCCCUUCGACAUGCCGAGAGUGCAGCGGACGUCCUCGAACGAGACCUCUUCGAUCUUUCACCACCCAAGCAAGCACCACCCCGCCGACCGUCUACUGCCAUGGGUAUUUUGACGGUGAACUCCCCAAUCCGCCUUGUUCCUGACUCACCACGCUCGGUGAGAACGUUUGAGCAUUCUCCGACCCAUGCGUACGAGUACAACCACACAAUCACCACGACCACGAAGGUUGCCUUGAAAGGCUCGCCGGAGCGAAAUAGCUUGCACAAACGGUCUCAGUCCAGACCCAACCUUCGAAGUCAUUCCCCCCUACACUCAUCGGCCACGUCACAUUUGAGCGAACACCAACCGGAAUCACGUGCCCCUUCUGCCUCGCCAGCUCCAGGGACAAUGUUUCCCAUCACACCACUGCACAAGCAGUCAAAGUCGACACAGAACCUGGCGCAACAUGCUCAAUCACAGCCUCGACCCGUGACUACAAGCACCACGACCAGGGUCCCACUCAAGGGUUUGGGAGAUGUUGUUGGAGUAGACGAUGUGUUUAGUCUAGAGAAGCCAGGUCAUGCUCAUACCGAGGUUCUCAACAUAGACAUGAACCAAAUACCAAACCCGUUGAGGAGCAGUACAGCGAGUAACGGCAGCACCAGUGGCAACGACACGUGGUCAAACCGCGCGUCACAGGCGGGGAUGAUUCCGAAUUCCAUCUUGGGGAAUGUACCGGGUACACCGAUUUCUCGAGAAGCGGCUCUAGCACAGAUCCGAGCAAGACGAGACCGAGCGAGAAGCGUGAACCUAAAGUCUGCAAGUGGGAAGGAGAAUAGGGUCGCCAGUGGGUUGAAGGGUGGUAGUGGUGGUAGUCCGACCAAACCGAAAGUGAUGGGAUCAUUGUUUGGAAGGGAUAAAGAGAAUGUUAGAAGGGAAAUUAGCCAGGCGAGUGCACCUGGAAGAUUUGGUUAUUGAGUGAGACCCACAGAAGUGAGAAGUGGUUCGGUCUUAACGAGGGUGUGGUAAUGGAUGAACGAGGAGUCAGAAGAGAGAAGAAGUAAGGAGGGACACCUUGUUGGAAUACACCUUACUUGCAAGGUAUUUUGGGUGUGGUGUGUGAUUUACGGGAGUACGUUUAUGUAUAUGAUGUGUGUGCGCGCCUUUUGGGUUCCUCUCCUAUGAGCAUAGCGAGGAUCGGAUAAAGUGGGUUUGUGGUUUUUGCCAGGGAGUAAUACGGAGUGGUGAGGAGUAAAUAAGGUACAUCAAAUUAGGGGAAACCCUCCGUAG